AAUACAUCCAUACCAAAAGGGGGAAAACUGUGAAUUACGACAGCUCCCAGCUUGAAAAGGCUGUUCGAGCUCAUCAGGAAGGCAUGUCAGUCCGUCAAGCUGCUGCAAUGUUUAGUGUCCCGAGAUCAACUCUUGGGGACAGAGUAAGUGGACGCUUCGAGGUUAAUGUUCAACGUGGGGGCGACCGCCUUGUAUACCAGCAGAUAUUGAAAAUAAAAUAGUGGAUAGUGUAAAGAUGGCAGCAAGGCGUGGUAUAGGGGUGACGCGAAAACAGGUAUUAAUGCGAACGAGUGUUCUCUGUAAAAGGUUGCGUAUUGGUUCAGGGUAUCCGAAUUUUGUGGCUGGGAAAGAUUGGUGGGAGGGGGUUAGAAGAAGGCACCCUGACCUCACUAUCAGAAAACCAGAAAAGUUAUCAUCUACAAGGGCGCGUAUGAUGAACAGAGAGGUCAUUGGACGUUAUUUCAAUGAUUUGGGCACCAUUAUUGAGGAGCUUAAUUUGCUAGACAAACCCCAAAAUGUGUGGAAUUGCGACGAAAUGGGGAAAAGUUUCGAGCACGACCCUGUUCGAGUUGUUAGCCAGAAAGGUGUUAAUUGCGUUACUCGGACAAGCUCUAGGUCAACCAAUAUAACAGUAAUGGCGUGUGUCAACGCCAACGGGAAACGGUUACCACCCAUGUUCGUUGUUAAAGGAAAGUCGUCAAAGUCUCUGCAUGGCUUCAAUACAGAGAAUGCUCCCGCUGGCUCAAGGUGGUUCUACCAAAAGAAUGGCUGGAUGGAUGACCAGAUUGGAGAGCACUGGUUUCUGGAUGUUUUCUUGAAAUGUUGCGGCCCAGACAGGCCACAACUCCUUAUACUUGAUGGGCACUCGUCUCAUGAAACUCUCGCCUUCUUGCAAUGUGCAAUGGAGAACAUCCACUUGCUAGCGCUACCACCCCAUACUACACAUUACUUACAGCCGCUUGACCGGGCCGUGUUUGGCCCCCUUAACAGGGAAUACAACAAAGCAUGCUCAUCUUUUCUACAAGAAAAUGCUUUACACCAGAUUAAUAAAGGGACUUUUCCGUCACUGUUUAAAGUGGCAUGGGACAGUGCAGUGGUUCAAGCGAACAUCAAGAGUGGUUUCCGUGCUUGUGGCAUUUUCCCCUUCAACCGUAAUGCAAUCCCCGAUUCAGCUUUUGCACCAAGUGAACCUACCAAUGUUCCCAUACCGGAAGCAGAAGUCAACUUACAUGAUUCUUUGAAAGGUGGAAGCAUUCUGGCAGUUGCCGACGGUCUGGUAAACCAAACAGGAAAAAAUGAGGGCAGCCAUGACGAAGUUACAUCGUCAAUUACCGAAAAGCCGAGGACACAUGUUGUUGAAGGUUUGCCUGACACAGGAAUAUUUGAACCAGUGGUGUUACAAGACAGCAGCUAUUCUUUGACAGGUUCUGUUCUUGACAUUACCCAGCAAACAAUUGACGUCGGAUUGACGUUGGUUAGACGUCGAAAUCCGACGUUGGAUAGACGUUGGUUUUUGGUUGUAUAUGAAAAUUGUUUAGACGUCAGAAUCCGACGUCAAUCCAACGUCAGAUACAGACGAAUAUCCAACCAAUUUCCAACAUAAAUCCAACGCGUUUCCGACGAAUAUCCAACCAAUUUCCA